AUGGAGAUAUCCAGCAGUGUGAAUGCUAUUCGGAUUGGUAUUCAGUUUGUGAGGUCUUCCAUACCAAGGCUCAAGUCAUUUGAGAAUCAUGUGGAAUCAAGAAGGAUACAAAGAGGAAGCUUGCCUUUAGAUGUGAAGACUAGGUGGAAUUCAACUUAUUUGAAGUUCAGAUUGGCAUUUGACAAGAUCAAGGCUAAUGAUUUGCCGUAUCUCAAGUACUUCGAGGAGAUUGUGGAAGGAAAAGAAUGA